AUGGAGCCCGGGACCGAGAUCCAGCCACCGAGCCAAGAGGAACAGGUCGUGAAAGACCUAAUGACACAGGACUACUCUCAGGCCGACAGGACAGCAUCGCAGAGGCCGGUGCUCGAGAGCAAACUGGCAGACGAACUGCGGCUGCGUCGCUUCACCGAGGACGUGCUGGACGCGCGACAGGAAGAACUUGAGCAUCAAGAGGCGGAGAACAAGAAGCUAUCAAAGAAGAUGGACUCGCUGCAGAAAGAGCUCGCAGAGGCCCAACGGGAGCUCAUCGAGGCGCGCAACCAGACCAAGGCCAAGGCGAAGCAGCUACAGGACGCCAAGGACCACAUAUUCCAUCUCCAGCCGAGACGCAAGGACAUUACCGAGUCGGAGGCGCAGGAGGCCUACAAGAAGCUCUGCGGAAACGUGCAGCGAUGGGUCGAGAACCGGCUGCAGCCCGUCCUGGACGAGUUGGAGUCGGGGCGCCUGAGGGGACGGCCGGUGGGCGCGCCCGCGGCACGGUUCGCUGCGCUUAUCCGGGAGCCAGCCAGGCGCUGCCUGGGCGCACAUCAAUCCGACGAGCACCAUGUCAUUGCCGUCAUCAUGUACUACAUCUGGCUGGCCUUGUUUGCCAAGCCCUUUUACUGUCCGUUGGACGGCUCCGACGACGAUGCCACCAUCACGUGGAUCGACGAGCUGGAGACCACAAUGUCAAAGUUGCCACGGGAUGCCGCCCACUGCCGCGAGUGGAGGAGCGAGACGCUCUCAGCAUUGACGAGCCAGCCGCUGUUCAAGUCCCGGCGAGCGGCGUACAUUGGUCUCGUAUCCGAAGAUCUCGCCUCUCUCCUGUCCAUUGUGGUACCCAGGGCGUCGCACGGCGACCUGCAAAGCUCCGUUCGCAGAACCAUAGUCGAGCCGGCGGCCGACUUUGCACACAAGCUGCAGCUGGCGUCGAGCAUUUUUUCUCUCAAGUGGCCGGCUCGCAACGCCAGCUCGAGGCUCGAGGUGUACGAAUGCAUCAACCUGGCGAGUGGCGGUCUCGUGCUCGACCUCGGCAGCAGCACAUCGGCGCGGCAGAAAGUCACGUAUCUUUUCGACGUGGCCCCGGGGCUCUUUGUCGAGAGGGUCGAUGUGGGCAAGAAGGCGCCGUUGAAAGCUAUCUACAGGCCCAACGUCCUGGUCUACGUCGGGGAUGGAGAGGUUCCUCAGAGGCCAACGCUCAUGAGAUGGCUGUGCGACAACACAAACGGAUCCGCCCGCGAUCCGCUACCGAGGACCGCCAUGCCAAGGAGUAAGACCCUUUCCUCCAUCCGCUCCUCCAAGCUCUGA